AAUCCGUGUUGCUCGAACGUUUCCCCCACGUGUUUCCAUUACUCUCAGUUCCUUGUCAAAGCAAAGUCCCUCUCUCUCUCUCUCCUCUCUCUCUCUCUCUCUUCCUUCUCUCUCCAGACUCGGGACCUUGUAAUUUCUUUAUAUUUUGUUUACUGAAGGCGGAAGUAUUUUCCUUAUAACUCUCAGAUAGCUCGGGAUUUUGGUUGAAGGAUUUAUUGUGUUAGAUUUUUUUUCAGGUCGACUUUUUUGUUUGCUUUUUUUCUUUUUGAGUGAUUGUGGUGGGCCGCUGAGAUGGAGAGAGAUUUCUUGGGUUUGAACUCAAGGGAGCCGGUGGUUGUGGUGAAGGAGGAGACCAACAACGAUGGCGGCAAAGACCCAGGGUAUGGAAGAGGUGGAAGGGCACAUUGGCCCUUUCCAAACAACGUCUCUGCAGUUCCUCAGUUUAUGUCCUUCAAAGCUGCUCAAGAUGAUAGGACUAAAAAAAUGGUACCUGAUUCAUUCUUGUCUUCCAUCUCUGCGGAUGCAUUUGACCUUUGUCGAAAACAAACUACAUAUGAAUCUCAGAAGAACUUCAAUCACGAUAGGCAAGGUGGGAUUCAUUUUUCUCUGACAGCUUAUCCUAGGCAACGUGAUAUGCAUUCUGUGCACCGUCCUCAUGAUACGAAGAUGAUUUCAGUUACAAGUCAAGGGAUUUCUGUUCUAAUGAGCAAGCCUUACUUGAAGAAUCACUUUACUACUACUGGUCAGAAUUUUUCCACCACUACCAUGAAGCAGACGGCUCCAAUUUCAGCUCUUCCCGUUACAGGUGGUUCCAUUGCUGGGAUCACUGAGCCAUGGAACAAAGUCAAGACCUCUGGGUCUCCUUCACAAUUGACAAUCUUUUACGCUGGUACUGUGAAUGUCUAUGAUGAUAUCUCCCCUGAGAAGGCUCAGGCACUGAUGCUUUUGGCUGGAAACAGUUGUUCUAACUCCUCGAGUGCUGCACAGCCCAAAGCUCAAGCACCGAGUGCAAAGUUGGCGGUGGAAGACGGUGUUGCUGUGAAUCAGCCUGCAAAUAUACCCCCAUCUGCUCUUUCUAGCCCCUUAUCUGUUUCUUCACAUACUGGUGCCCAGUCAGUAAGUGGGUCCACCAGCACUGAUGAACUAAUGUCAGCUAGAACGACCGGACGUCCAACCAGUCCUGUUAACAAAAUGGAGGCUCCUUCUAUAGUUCCUUCUGAUGUUCCACAGGCUCGCAAAGCUUCCUUGGCUCGAUUUUUAGAGAAGCGCAAGGAAAGGGUGAUGAGUGCAGCACCAUACAAUUUCGACAAGAAAUCACCGGAAUAUGGCACUCCGAAAUCCAACCGAGUGAAUUUCGGUCAACAAGGAGAACAACGAUGAUGUUUGAUGCUUAAAGCAGAAGGGAUAAUUAUUUCAAAUUUUGCGUAGUACAAGUUAAAUAUGCAAAUCACAUUGUCAUUCUUUGUGAAAAAUAACAGUUAUCCUUACUGUUUUAGAAUUUAAGUUUAGUCCCGAAGUGUUUUGUAGGGUUUUGGCACCCCACCUUUUUUUUUUUUUUUUUUGAUGAUGCUAGUCGGAUCCUUUUCCCCGUAUCUGACUCUGUAAUGUUGAACGAACAACUUUGUGUAAUAUAUAAAUUUCUAUUGUUAUUAUUA